CUCGUCGAUGUACAAAGUAGUCCCUCGGUUCCCCCUGUAGCAGCUUCCACCGAGUACACAUACGAUCCCCUGCCGGCAGAUAUGAUGCUGCCUAUCGGCUCAAGUUAUUUGAUGCAUUUGUUCGAGCACCCCGAGGAUGCUGAAGUUACGCCCGUGAUGUACAGGAAGAUACCCAAGAAACUCCGGCACAAGCUAGAGGCUUGUCCUGUAAAAGGCGGCACAGUUGGUUGGGGGAUCGAAAUCAUCGAGCGUAUGAACUGGUUUAUUGCCUUUCUGUACGGCUGUCUUGGCUUUGCGGUAUCCCUUUUGCGAUUGUGUGGGCCAUAA